UAAUAUUUUUUAUGCAAUGCUGUGCAAGAUUUGUGACGGUCCAUCGACUGAAUACCAUUUCGGUUGUCCAUCGUGCAGGGCAUGUGCAGCAUUUUUCCGAAGAUAUGUAAAUUCGCCCAAGCAACUGACAGAGUGCAAUUGUGAAACUGAUCGUGUUCCUUGUAGAUAUUGCAGAAUGAAACUGUGCCUGAAAGCUGGAAUGAUGAUUUCAAAAGUUCAACAAAAGCGAGACAACAAUCCUUGUCGAUUAAGCGUGAGUGGAUUAGAAACUACCAGCAUUCCUCUGCGAAACAAUGAUCGUAUCUUCACAGCUCUUGAAAAUUAUCGAUGGCUUACAAAAGAAAGAAAAAUUGUUCACAAAACCAGCCCAGCGAAAAAAGUAAAUUUUUACGAGUACUCAAGUAUUGCAAUUAUUGACUCGCGGAUAGUAUGGAACCUUUUGGAGAGAACAUUUCUGGAGCUUAAGGUUUUGGAUGAUAUUGACAAAUUCAAUCUAUUUUCAAAUUUUUACCCAAAGUGGACAUUAUUUGAAUCGGCAAUCACUGCUUUGCAAAAAUCAGAUGUUCACACAUUUUUCGCUCCAAAUGGAAAACCAGCACAACAGAUCUCAAAAUUUUAUAAGGAUUGCAUGACGGGCCUACGAAUGAAAGAUACAGAGGUAUUACGGAUAUUCGAACCGUAUUGGAACUCAUAUUAUUCUCACGUUGCCUAUCCACUUUUUGAGUUAAAAUUCGAUCAGAUGGAGCAUAUGGCAUUGUUGGCUCUAAUGCUCAUGGAUCCAGGAUAUACAAAUAUAUCAGAUGAAUGUGUGGAAAUGUGUCAUAGAUUUAGAAAAGUUAUUCAAAUGGAAUUGAAAGGAUAUUAUUUGGAAAAGAAUUCAGACCCGGAGAGGAUUUUGAAAGUUAUAGAAGCGCUGCUCUUAAUGGAGAAAGCAGAUCAAUGGUUUCAAGAGGAGGUCCACAUGUGUGGUGUUUAUAAUGUGACAGUUGACGACGACUUUCGGCGGAUGGUCAUGACACAAAGAAUUUAAAGAUAAUUUUAAAACGUAUAAUGUUUAACCAAAAUAAAACUUUUUUGAAAAUUAAACAAA